CUCGCAGCACUGAACUUAUUUUGACAUUUGAUUGUUGUUGAUGGUCGUUUCUGCGGAUGGUAUUGCGCCAAUUUUCUCUGUACAAAAACAAAUUGAAUCGUUCCGAAUUUGUCGAAUAUGCUGUUCUCAAACGGUGUCCCUACAGCGGAUGUACCAUUUAAGCGAUUAGAUGUACCAUUUCGUGAUGAAUCGAGUAGAUUUCGUUUCACGGCACAGAACGAUUAUUCCAAACAAUUCGCUCAUAUUUAUGCAGCUAGACUGGGACAAAUGCGAGCACUAUUGGAAUCAAAGGCCAAAGACAAAUGGGGUGACAAGUAUCCUUUGAAGAAAAUGUUCGAGUUGAAAGAAGACUUUACGGAGAAGUGCAUCUUAGUGGGAACUCUGUUCAAACAUCAGCAAUUAAAGCCGAGUAUUCUCCGAGAUAUUUCCGAAGAAACACAACUAGCUCCGCAACCACCCCGUUUCAAUUUCGUUGAUGAGGAAGAUAUGUUGAUUUUAGAAGACGAGUUACAGAGAAUUCGUUUAGUUGGUAAAUUGGACGUUCAUCACAUGGUCACUGGUGUAGUGUGUGCAGUACUUGGCUAUGAAGACGGUGCAGGAAAAUUUACAGUAGAAGAGUAUUUAUUCUACGAAGGUGGUCCACAGAAACCACUAACGGAUCUAACUAAUGAUCCGUUAUUGGUUUUGAUUUCUGGACUGGAUCAGUCAUCACCGAACGAUUUCUCCAUGUCAUUAGAACUGUUUCAGCAGUGGAUGUUCGGCAACAUCGACAGCUUUAACAAAACAGAUGAUUUAGAAGCUGCUAGUAUUGUGCGUAUCAUCGUAGCCGGUAAUUCUGUGCGCUCAUCGUUUGAGGUGAAACAGCGUUCGAAUUUGACUCGCCAGCCCGAAUCAGAAAUAACCCUACGUGCCGUUAAUUCCGUUGACGAAAUUCUGUCGCAUUGGGUAAAAUCAUCGCCAGUGGAUCUAAUGUCGGGUGAAUUUGAUCCGGCAAAUUUUAUGUUGCCGCAACAACCGAUGCACCAUUGUAUGUUUCCGAAGAGUUUUCGCAGUAAGAAUUUACGUUGUGUUACGAAUCCGUACAGUUGUAACAUUGCUGAUCGAUCCAUCGUUGGAACAUCUGGCCAGAAUGUUUUGGAUAUUCAACGCUAUUCUAAAAUUGAGGAUGGUUUGGAAGCGCUAAAAGUGUCAUUGGUGUGGAGUCACUUGGCACCGACCAGUCCGGAUACGUUGCCAUGCUAUCCCUACUACCAGAAAGAUCCGUUCAUAAUUGAUGAGUGUCCGCACGUUUAUUUUGCUGGUAAUAUGAACGAAUUCAAAACGGAUCUGUACCAAGGUGCAAAUGGUCAACGCACAAGACUGGUUUGCAUUCCUGCAUUUUCAAAAACUCAAGCAGUUGCAGUUGUAAAUUUAAGAACAUUAGCCUGUAAGUCGUUAAGCUUUCGUUUGAGUUCGGACUUUGAGCUGUAAAUAUGUUAGAAAUGAAAUUCCCGUUCGUUUGUCCGCUCUAAGAAAAUAAAUUUUGUAAACUUUCGAAA